AUGGAAAACAGCCGGAAAAGGAGCUCAUCCGGCGACACAUUUUCCUUCCCGAGCACACCGGUCAACGAACAAGACCCGGAAGACUUCGAAUUCGGAUGCUUCACACCCGACUCGGCCUCGAGUGACCCCUGCAAGGACUCCCCAGCUGAUCAUUUGUUCUUCAACGGCAAACUCCUACCUCACGCCUUCCCUCUUCAACCGAGCAACAAUGGCAUGCUACUUGUUGUUGAUCACUCUCGUCAGACAAGCCGAACGAGCAGCAUUAGCAGCAAGGACUCGCUUUCGCUCAUGUCAUCAAGAAGCAACAGCACUAACAGUAGAAGCAGCACUAGCAGUUGCAGCAGCAGCGCGAGGACGAGUUCAAGUGACAAUUCUGAAAGAAAGUUCAUGUAUCAUCAUCACUACAGCAGAACGACGCCGUUUAGAUCGUCGGACAGGUACAAAACCGGAGGUGGUGCACAACUUUACGGGUCUUCUCAGAGAUGGCAAUUCAUAACACCUGUGCCGACUUUGAGCCGGGACACUUCAGUUAAGAAGAAGGUGGAGAUUGCUGCAGCUGGGAAAGGAAAACCCAACAAAGUGAAGAACAAGAGGAAGGUGAAGACGGUUGUUAAACGGCGCCGGAGGCUGUGCCGGAGGUUUUUCCGGUGGCUGGUUUCUGCCUGUAUAAAGUGUCACGCAAUGGAGCCAUCUAAGAAAAGUGAUGUUGAUCAUGUAAAAGAUGGGAAUCAUGUGAAGCUACAAUGACUUUUUGUGUAUCAAAUCAAAUUCAUGUAAUUUGUUUUUUUAAGUAAUUAGCAUUUUGGAGUUUGGUUUUGU